GCGGCCCACAGUGCCCCCGCAGCUGCCGGCAGCGGCAGCCCCGCGUCGAGGCGAGGCGGCAGGGCGGCAGUGUCGUGGUAUCAGCAGUCUUUGGCGUUGGCUUGGUUUCGGUUCAUCCCGCGGGUCGGGUCAGCCCGACGGGCGGCAAGGCCAAGUCAAGUCAGUUCGAGUCGGAGUCGACGCGGCCGCCAGUGAUCGCCGUCCCGUCCUCGCGGCUGCUGCGGGUUGGUGUUGGUGGCGCGACGACUGACGAGACGACGCGGGCGCGACGUUCCAGUGACGUUCCAGUGACGGUCCAGUGACGCGACGAGUGCUUCGGUUCGGGACGGGAUCUGCUGCAGCGCGGUGUUGUCGCCAGCGCCGUCCCCACCGCGGCCUCACUGCCCCUGGCAGGCUGGGGCACACCGCCCCCCGCCAAUGGGUCGCGCACAAUGCACUCGCGGCCCUUUAGGCGCGCGGCGCUGCCGGAGAGGCCACCGCGACACUGAUAUCCCCAGUGCCGCGGCCUCGGGUUCAAGCGCCCCCCUGGUAUGGACGGCACGCGACGACGCCACCCGGAUGAGUCACUCCACCACCACCAGCUCGACGCGCGGCGGCCGGCGGUAGCGCCAUGAGGACGACCACGGUGCCCACUGCCGUCGCCAUGGACUCGGACAGCCCCGCCCUGCUCCCGGCCGUCGGCCUGACCGUCGCGAUGGCCUCGCCGCUCCGCGAGAAGACCAAAGUCCCCGAGGAGGCCGACGAUGGCACGCCGUCGGGGUUCGUGCUCCUCGCCCUGGACGCCGACACUAAGUGCGCCGCCGAGGAGGGCCUGGAGGUGCGCGUUGAGGUGUGCGUCGACGGGGCGCGCACGGCGUCCGCGGCCUCCGCAACGACCUGCGCGUCGUCCGCCGCGGCCGUCGCCAAGCCCCACCAGCUGCUCUACGGGCUGCACGACCAGCCGCCCGCCGUCAUGCUGCUGCUGCUCGCCGUGCAGCUCUGCUUCCUGGCCCUGCUGCACUGCGUGCUGCUGCUCAACAUCCUGUCCCCCGCGCUGUGCCUGCACUCCGAGGACCCCGCCCGCGCCGAGCUGCUGUGCCGGCUGCUGCUCGUCUCGGCCGUGGCCACCAUCCUCAACAACACGUCCUUCGGCGUCGGGCUGGGGGUGGUGCAGUCGCCCUGCGUGGCGUCCGUGGGCGCGGCGCUGCUGGUGGCGGCGCUGGGCCACGACCAGGGUGACCGGGACGAGGACGCCGACGACGCCACGCUGUGUCCGUCGCUGGCCGACCAGUUCGCCAUGGGCCACGAGAACAUGAAGCCUUUGUGGCAGCCGCGCGCGCGCCGCGUCCAGGCCACCCUGCUUAUCGCGUCCGCCUUCUCGGCGGUGCUCUCCGUGGCAGGCCUGCCGCGGCUCGUCGCGCGCUUCCACACCCCGCUCACCGGCGCCGUGGCCACCUUCCUCAGCGCCCUGCCCCUCGUGGGCUACUGCGUCAACGCCGCGGCCGGCAACUGGACCGGGGCGCUCUCGGGCGCGCUGGGCGUGCUGCUGUGCGGGCUGGCGCUGCGCUGGCUCGCCGUGCCCGUGGCCGUGUGCAGCGUCCGACGGGGCGGCCUGCGCGCGCGCAUGCUGCCCGCCGUGUCCAUGCUGGCCGUGUUGGUGCCGCUGCUGGUGGGCUGGGCCACCUGCGCCGUGCUCACGGCCACCGGCCUGCUCGCCCCCGACAACCGCCUCGUCACGUCGGACUGGCGCGAGGACCGCGUCCACGCCCGGGAGGUGUUCGCCAUCCCCUGGCCCGCGCCCUGGGGCUGGCCCAGCCUGAGCGGGGUGCCCUGGGUGGUGGUGGCCUCCUCCGUGGCCGCGGCCCUCGUCGCCAACACCACCUCCAGCCUGACCACGUUCUACGCGGCGGGCGCCUCGGGCGGCGAAGUGCCGGGCGGCCGCGCGCUGGAGCGAGGCACCCUGGUGACCAGCCUGGUGGCCUUCAUGGGGGCGCUGUGGGCGGCGCCCGCGCUCGUGGGCGGCGGCCAGGAGACGCCCGGCGUGGUCCCGCUCACCCAGGCGGGCCCGGUGACGGCGGCGCGGCUGGCGGGGGUGUUGCUGCUCAUCGUGUCCUUCCUCCCCGUGCUGGCGGCCGGCCUGGCCAGCGCGCCGCAGCCCCUCCUCGCGGGGGUGGGGCUCGCCGUCCUGGGGGCGGGCUCCGGCCAAGGCCUCAAGUACUUGCGCGGGGUCGACCUCAAGUCGCCGAGGACCUGCGUCGUGCUCGGCGUGUCCGUGCUCACCGGCCUGACUGUUGCCGGGCGCUUGGGGCUGCCGGCACUCUCCGCUAACGCUCGGCUGGAGGGCGUGGACGCGGUGGCUGCUGGGGUCGUGGCGGCGGGUCCGCUCGCCGGGGCCGCACUGAGCCUGGUGCUGGAGGCCGUGCUGGCCGUGCUGCCGCUGAGACUGCCGCGAGGAUUCGGACGAGGACUCGGCAUCCCGACGACGUAGCAGUGCGUAGCAGCAACAGCGACCUGGGCUCUAGGCGCAGUGACGUCGCAACCAGAUAAUCGUCAAAAUCUUCAAGCUGCGCCGUCAAUUCAGACAUCAUAAUCUGGUAACUUGACACGAAGAGAAUUCUUCACAUUUUGAUGGUCGGUGAGCGAGGUAUGGGAAGUGUAAAUAAUUUUGACUCUGACAAUCUGUCUUAUAUGGAAGUAGCUGUAACAUCGUGACAAUGUUUUGCUAAUCGAGUGAACUACUGCUGUUGUUAAUACGUACAAGAGUUUUUGACAUUUGUGAUAAAUUGCUUUUUGAAGCAUGUUGUAUAUAUUGUAAUUAUUUAUUAAGAAGCAGUGGAUGAAAACUAAUUUAGUGGUUAGACAGGCUUUCUUUGUGUUUUAUUAAUGCUUGGCCCUCAGCAAACUGUUUGAACAUAACACACCUUAGAUCAUUCCUAGUUCAAAUUCAACAUCGUAUGACUUGGUCUCCUGUGAAUUUGCUUUUUCCCACUGGAAAAAAGAAUUACUGACUGAUAGAAUGAAAAAGGGUGAUGUGGAUAGAAAAAAAAUAAUUACUUAACUAUUGUACUUGUUCCAUCCUCUUAGAUGCUUAGUAAAAGCCUAUUUAUUUUGUAUUUUUGUGAAAUUGUGUAAUAAUGUGAAGCUUAACAUGAUCUCAAAUACUUUGUAAAGAAUUGUAUUUUUAUUUUUAAAAGAGCAAUGUACAUAAUAAUGGAGUUUGUUUCUACAAUGAAAUUAUAAAGUAUCUAUAUUUUUGUAAGAGUAUGUUCAAAACAAAUCAGUUCAAUAAAAGAGUGCACAUACA